AUGAUAAUUAAAGAAAAAAAGAGUAAAUUAAAUUUAAAAUAUAUUUGGUUAAUUAAAAUUAAACCAAAAAUUAAUAGAGGAGUUAUCUCAUUCUUUCAUUCUAUAAAUCAAUGUUUUUCAAAAAAAGUUCAAAAAGUAAAAGAUAAAAAAAGUAAAAAAAGAGAAAAAGAAAUUGACGAUAAUUUUAGAACUGGAAAUCCUCAAUAUUCAGAUUUCGUUGAAAAUAAUAAUAAUAAUAAUAAUAAUAAUAAUAAUAAUAAUAAUAAUAAUAAUAAUAAUAAUAAUAAUAAUAAUAAUAAUAAUAAUAAUAAUAAUAAUAAUAAUAAUAAUAAUAUAAAUGUAAAUAAUAAUAAAAAAUCAAAAAAACAUCAUCGUCAUCAUCAUCAUCAUCAUCACAAUCACAAUCACAAUCACAAUCACAAUAAUCAUGAUAAAGAAUCCAUUGAUAAUAAUGAUUUUACAAAUACCAAUAAUAAUAACAAUAAUAAUAAUAUUGACAAUAUAAAUGUUCCAUAUGUUAAAGGUGAAAUUGCAAUGGAAAAAAAAACAUUUGAUAAUAGAAUUUACUUGGAAGAAUUAUCAAAUUGUGAACAAAAAUAUGAAAAUGAAAAAACUGGAAAUGGUUAUGCUUCAAAUGAAACAACAUUUGAAUAUGCAAAAAUACUAUCACAUUCUCAAAAUAAAAAUAAUAGAAAAAAGUCAAUAGAAUUAUUAUUAGAAUUACUUAAUAGUGAUUCAAUUAAUAGUGAAAAAUAUUUAAUUGAAUUAGGGACAACAUAUUAUAAACAAGAAGAUUUUAAUAAUGCUUUAAUCUAUGCUGAUAAAGUAUUACAAUCAUCACCAAUGAAUAGACAAGCACUAUCUUUGAAAUAUUUAUCUGAGCCAGUACCAUUAGAAGUAAAAGCAUAA